GGGGAAGGCAGAGAGUGAGCUGGUGUCUUUGCAAGCAUUUACAUCAGCAUCGUUUCAGAGAAAUCUCUGCUGCCACAGCUGUUGUCAGCUAGGGAGAAGGAUGCACAAGGCAGAUCAAGGGAUGGGGAAAGAAACGGGGCUGUUACAGUGGGAAGUACCUCAGCAGCAUUUUUUUAAGGUACAGUGAUUGAUUUCCACUGUGUACCUCAGCAGUAGGAGCUAAACCAGGAUUCCAUCCUCAGACCCAAAAGCAGCAGACAGCUGCAUCAGGAAAUACUCUGAUUCAGGGUGGGUUUGUGACUGAUGAAAGACAAGAAGGCUUUUUAAAUGGAAAGGAUUCAAAACAUCUAAACUUCCUGACAUCACAGCAACAUCUAUUGGACUACAGGGCAGCUUUUUACCUCAUUUUCAAGUCACUGUUUUCUGGCCACAUUUCCCUUUCUUUGAAGGAUGGGUGAUGGGCCUGUGACUGACUCUGCCCGCCUGCCUCGUCCCACCCUUCAAUGGAGCCAAUGUGGAACUCCUCCCACACACCUCCACAGCCUACAUCCAACAUGUCUGCCUCCUCUCUGCCUGAAGGCUGGGCUCUGUCCCAGUCGCUAGCCCUACUGGCGAUGCUGCUCAUGGAUCUGUUGGCUGUGGUGGGUAACGUGGCUGUCAUGGCGGUCAUUGCCAAGGCCCCGCAGCUCCACAAGUUUGCCUUUGUCUUCCACCUGUGCGUGGUGGACCUUCUGGCAGCCCUGGUGCUGAUGCCCCUUGGCAUGCUCUCGAGCCGCGCCUUCUUCGGGGAGGCCCUGUGCAGGAGCUACCUCUUUCUCAGUGUGUGCCUAGUCAGUGCUGCCAUCCUCUCUAUCUCUGUCAUCAAUGUGGAGCGUUAUUACUACAUCAUACAUCCGAUGCGUUAUGAAGUGAAGAUGACCAUUGGCCUGGUAGCUUCAGUGCUUGUAGGGAUAUGGGUAAAAGCUCUGGCCAUGUCUGCUCUGCCACUGCUCGCUUGGUUCCUGCAGGGUGGAAAAACUCCUCUUUUGGAGAGUAGCGGGGUUGAGGGAGGGGGUGGCGGUGCCGUGCCACCUCCCCCGGCUCAGGGUCACAGGCGCUGCUCACUGCACUGGACAGGGGGAGGGUCAAACCGUUUGGCCUUCAUGGUUCUCUUCACUCUGGUGUAUUUUCUGUGCCCACUGCUGGUGAUUCUCGUUGUCUACUGCAACAUGUUUAAAGUGGCCCGGGUGGCUGCCAUGCACCACGGCCCACUGCCCACGUGGAUGGACACACCUCGCCGCCAGCGGUCAGAGUCACUCAGCAGCCGUUCUACAAUGGUUACCAGCUCCGGGACAGGUACUGGAACUGGCAGAGGAACUCCACAACGCCCUUUUGGAGGAGGGAAGGCUGCAGCGGUGUUGGCGGCAGUAGGUGGGCAAUUCCUUUGUUGCUGGCUGCCCUACUUUACUUUCCACCUGUAUUCAGCGCUGGCUGCCAGCCCUCCAGCCACACUGGCCUCUCUGGAGGAAGUGGUCACCUGGAUUGGCUACUUCUGCUUCACCUCCAAUCCCUUCUUCUACGGCUGUCUGAACAGACAGAUCCGAGAGGAGCUGGGCAAGCAUCUGCCUUGCCUGUUUCGUCGAGCGGGGAUCGAGGUGGAGGACAGACUGCCCAGCCGCGAAGGAUCCAUAGAGGAGAAUUUCCUUCAGUUUCUUCAGGGCACCGGCUGCAACUUGGAUCCUCAAAACUCUCACAGCACUUCCAGUCCUAAGGGUGAGGCCUGCUGCCCUGUGGCUCAGUCACAGCCAGCCGAGCCGGCACAUGCCAUACCCAUUGAUUUCCGUAUCCCAGGACAAAUUGCAGAGGAGACUUCAGAGUUUAUUGAGAUUGAACAGGCGAAAAACAACCAUAUAUAUACAGACAGCUGACUUUUCAAUGUCUCUAUAUUUUGAAAAUACGUUUAAAGAAACACAGUCUUUCAGGAAAACACGUUUCUCUAUUUUUUCUUGAAAGCUGUCCACCAGGUAGCUAAAUUCAUUUUAAAGACUUGUAAUUGUAUCUUUGGAUCACUGCACUUUUCAUCCUUGUUUUUGAAAACAAUCAUGGUGGAACAGUUAAAUGCAGAUGUACAAACUGUUGCUUGCGAACAGGGAAGUUACUGCUUUAUCUAAAAAAAAGGAAAAAAAAGGCUGUAUUUUGGCCUUCGGCUCAGCUCUGUACAGUAAAUGACUCACUGAAUUGCUAUUUAUGUUGUUUAAGCUUUUUUAAUAGAUGAAAAAACAACAACAUUAAUUUGGUGUUUGAGUCUCUGACGUUUUGGCAGUAAAAUAUUUUUGGAGAAUUUCUUUUCAUCUCAAAUUAAGAAACACUUGCUUAAAUACACUGGCUCCCUCUGAAAUCAUUACUUUAAUAUUGUGCAGUUACAUCUUGCUAUCAGAUAAAUUACCCUAGUAUACAAAUAUGAAAAUUAAAAUUCCGCGUGCCACUUCUUUUUUUUUUUACAAGACUUCAGCAAGUCAUUUUAAACAUUGCUGCAAGAAAAGUAAUGUUAAAGAAGACAGCAAUAAAAACAUCAUGUUGAACGAUAGUUUGGAGUUUUGUCAGUGACAAUGGCAGCUUUAAGCCAAUUCGAUUACAUUAGAUGUGUACAUAUUGUGGCCUGACUGCUCAUGGAUUUGGUACAAGCUGUUUACAGACAAACUUUCCUUGGUGCUUUACGAUGUAACUACGAUGUUUAGGGUUACCCCCGCUUCCUGCCAUGUGAUGUAUCUAUCAAUGUCUUUGGAUAUAAAUUUAGAUCUUAAAAAAAAAAUAAAUCAGCAUUCGCUUGAUGCACUGCUAAAAAUUGAAUGAUGAUUCUGUUCUCUACAUUGUUUAACGUACUAAACUCUAAGUUAUGUUUGGUAAAACUGUGUAAGUUUUGGUUGUGUAUGUCAGUCAACACAAGCAUUUUUUAAAUGACGAGUUUAGGUAUUUGUAAAAGAAGCGAUGACAAGGAGGCCAAUGUAUUUUGACAAGUGCAGUAACUGCCUUCUUCGUGUUUUUCCGCUGUGAGAUUUUAAGGAGAAUACAUGUGGAUUGUUUUCUUUUUACUACCCUGAUUCUCUUCAGGGUUUUGUUUUUAAGUACCUCAGUGCAGGAAACAAUAUUUCACUGUCAUGCACAGCUCCAUGUCAAAUACGACCCCUGCACACUACUUUAAUGUUGUGGGAAGAACAGAGUAGACAGAAUUUGCUUGAGGUUUUUAAAAGACUUGGUUUUGCAGUUUAACUAUGAGCUGAAAUUGUAUUUUAUAGCCAACUGUUAGAGGGAGACGUGUGAAAAUGACUGAUUAAAAUAAAGAGGCUUUCUUAUGUAUUGUGGAAACAGGGUUUUUAAGAUAUUUUUUCAGAGGGUGUUUUAGUGACAAGGCCAACUUGACACCUUCUUUUUAUCACAUCUAAAUAUCUCAAACUGUGAAUGAUGUUGAAUGUUUGUGUUAGGGUUUUUUGACUUGUUCAGAGAUUGUUUUUUAAGCUGUGGUGAAGAUAAAGAAUGACUUCCACUGUACAAUGAUAUGAAUGUGUUAAAAAAAAAAACAUGGCUGAAGCUAAAGCGAGAGAUACUGUUGUAAUAAAGAGUUUCUAUGUUUGUAAAAUA